GUCGCCAGCCACUUGCUGAAGUGCUACGAGGCGGCGUCGGGAGUGCGUUCACCUGCGAAGAUGGCGGAGGAGAGCUACGCCGACUGGCUCCGUGACGUCGAGGAAUUGCAGCAAGCCGAACGCCUGAGUGAAGCAUUCUGGCGUGCGGACGGGUGUGUCGGAAAACCGAAGCCGGUGCGUACCCUGAGCGGGCUGAGGGCGGAGCAACGUGCCCUGCGCGCGAAGAUGAAGACGGCCAAGGAGGAAGAGGACGCUCGACGAGGACGUCGAGUCUCAGUCGGGGAGGAUGUCCCGAGUGGGAACGGUGGUCACCGUCUCGGGUACGGUCGUAGCCGUCCUCCGGCACCC